AUGUCAACUGUUGAUAAUAGUUCCAAUGAAGAUCUAUCAAUAUUUGAUGUCGAUACACAGCAAUUCUACUCAACUCAAUUCUGGGUAUUUCUUUUCUUAAUUAUUCCAUCACUUAUUGGAUGUUUAUUUGCUUUAUAUCAUCUUCUUCUUAAUCGUAAUCUUCGUCGAGAACUUCAUAAUUAUGCCAUGAUUAUUCUUCUUCUUAUUAAUCUAUUUUAUAGUCUAACAAAUAUAUCUUGUUUUAUUCAUUAUUUUCGUACUUUUGAAACUUUUACCAUAAUACCUGUUCUUCGUCUUAUCUGGGGAUAUGUUGAUUGGCAAAUUGAAACAAUUUAA